AAGAAAAACCCGAAGAAGACCGACUUAAUGAUUUGCUUUCCUUAGUAAAAGAUAUUUAUCAACAUAAUUUAUUAACUUCUCAGGGCCGAGAAACGCUUAAUUAUCUCCAAACUCAACGCCGAUUAACUCCCCAGUUGAUUGACCGCUUUUCUUUGGGUUGCAGCAUUAGUAAUAAACAAUUAACUAGUUUACUUUUUUCUGUCCAAGAAUUUUCAACCAACUUGUCUCGGACCAACUUAGUGCAAAUUAACGAUAAUAAUCAAGUUUACGAUUACUUUGCUGCUCAGCAAUUAAUUUUGCCUUUAACUAACAAAAACGGAAAAAUUGUAGCCUUUGCGAGUCGAAAAAUAACAGUUGGUUCCAGCGAAAGUAAAUAUAAUUAUUUGCCUAAUUACCAAACUUACCAAAAAUCGGCUUUACUCUACAAUUAUUCGACCGUUCACUCGGAUCGAGCGGAAGAUUGUUAUCUAGUUGAGGGUUUUUUUGAUGUCAUUAGUUUGACUGGAUUAGGAGUGGAAAAUUGUUUGGCUCUCUUAGGAACCAAUUGUUCAACCAAACAAAUACAUUUGUUGCACCGUCUAAAAAAACGCGUUAUUCUUUUUUUAGACGGUGACCGAGCCGGUCGGGAAGCCACGAUUAAUAUCAUCCUUGCUUUGUUGGAAAAUGAAAUCGACUGCGAAGUAAUAAGUCAUCCUUACCAAGUCGAUCCCGAUGAGAUUUGUUGCCACCACGAACGCGAGACAGUGCUUAAUAUUCUCCAAACUCGCCAAAAUCCUUAUCUUUUUAUUCUGGAUUAUCAUUUUCGCCAAUGA